AGUCAGCAGCGGAGAGAGAGCAGCUGUCCAGGGUUUGGGAUUCCAACAUGGAAGCAGAGGCUGUGCUCAGUCUUCCCUCUCACUCUCACUAACUUGGACUGCUUUCAAAUGGCGAGCAGCCGCGCUUCUUAACCCUCGGCGAGGUCCAUUCAUGUGCGCACUCAGCGGCGGAUCGAUGGUGCUAUAAACCGUGAGAGUGACGCUGCUGCUGCCCUGGCACCUACACAGGCUUGAAGACAUGAUCACUAGCACCAGUAUUUAUGGUCUAAAGAUGCAGUGGACCCCAGAGCACACACAAUGGGCAGAGCAACACUUUGACAUCUCAUCCACUACCCGCUCGCCAGCACACAAAGUCGAGGCCUACCGGGGGCACUUGCAGCGAACGUACCAGUACGCAUGGGCAAACGAUGACAUCUCUGCACUGACUGCCUCCAAUCUGCUCAAGAAAUACGCAGAGAAGUACUCUGGGAUCCUAGAGGGCCCAAAUGAGAGAGCCCUGCUGUGUUCCUACUCCGAUGGCACCACCGGACUCAUGAAUGGACGAAAGUCAGAGAAUGAGUCCUGGCAGGAGGGGAUUUACCCAAUGAACUGUGCUCCAGAUGUUAUAUCUGUGAGCAAAGCUGGAAUGACAGCUGCCCUACCCCCUACAGAUGUGUCCGCUAGCAUAGGCAGCUCCCCGGGGGUGGCCAGCAGCUUGUCUGAGCCCAGCUAUUCCAGCAGUAACUGUGGGAGCCACACAGCCACCACUCUCCACUCGGGCCUCCCCUCUCAGGAAUAUACCGCCAGCUACAACGGCUCCUACCUGCAUUCUAGCUACAGCGGCCAGAGCACUCCAGCCCUCCCUUCCCCACACCCCUCUCCUUUGCACAGCGCCGGGCUCUUACAACCCCCGCCCCCUCCUCCUCCCCCAACCUUAGUGCCGAGCUACAACGCCGGGUCUCCAAACCUUCCCAACUACAAUUAUCCUCCAACAGGGUAUCCUUCUCAGACUGCUGUUGGCCCUGGUUAUAGCCCCGGGGGAGCGCCCCCUGUGUCUGCUUAUCUGCCGUCCGGCAUUGCAGCUCCUACGCCGAUCCCUCCUUCCACACUGCCCGGCUACACCUACCAGACCCAUAACCACACACCAAUCGCACCAACACCUUUGAAUGGCAGCACAUCCCACUCAUUAAAACGAAAAGCUUUCUACAUGAGUGGACACGGAGAUAUGGACUCUAGCUAUGGUAAUUUCAACUACAACCAACAGCGCUCCUCACAGAGCCCAAUGUACAGAAUAACGGACUCGGACUCAAACAGGGGCAACGGCUUUGACAGAAACGGCGAGGCGUCGUCUUUGGCGUUUAAGCCGACCAAACUGUCUUCUGAUCAACAGCGAAAAUUUAUCAUACACUCUGGCAGAGCACUAACUCCUCCAUCCUAUGGAUCAACCAAAAGCUCUGUGGGGGAUCUCAGAACUGGCGAGCCCUACGGCAAGUUUGGAUCCCCCAUCAUGAGCGAGCAAACUGAAGAGCACAGACAGCACCUCUCUCACUCCCUAACGGGGCCUGACAUUGGUACGGCUACCUCGUCCAUCCAUGCUGCAGAGGAACAACUGAAGAACAGCGACUCCAACCUGGUGGAGAUGGUGACCACCGAAAUCCUUCAGCAGGGCCCUCCGGUGGACUGGAGCGACAUCGCGGGUCUGGAUAUGGCCAAAGCAGCCAUCAAAGAGGAGAUACUAUGGCCCAUUUUAAGGCCAGAUAUGUUUAGUGGACUUGCCACAUUACCUCGGAGCCUCCUUUUAUUCGGACCUCAGGGAACUGGCAGGACGCUGCUGGCCCACUGCAUGGCCAGUCAACUGGGGGCUGCCUUCUUGCAACUCAGCAGCUCAGCUCUGGUGACCAAGUGGCUAGGGGAAGGGGAUAAGAUCAUCCAAGCGUCUUUCCUGGUGGCCCGGUGUCGCCAGCCAGCGGUGGUGUUCAUCAGAGAGGUGGACCUGCUGCUUUCGGCCCAGCUAAGCGAGGAGAGCCCAGUGAAUCGCCUCAAGGCUGAGCUCCUCAUGCAGCUUGACAGCCUCCUGACCUCCGCUGAGGACCACGUCCUCGUGGUCUGCUCCACCAAUAAGCCUGAAGAGAUCCCAGAGUCCCUACGGAGGUACUUUGCCAAGCGACUGCUCAUCCCCUUGCCUGAUGGGACGGCACGACACCAGAUAAUCAGCCAACUGCUCUCACAGCACAACUACUGUCUCAGUGACAAAGAGAUGUCACUACUGGUUCAGAGGACAGAGGGCUUUUCUGGACUGGACGUGGCUCAGCUGUGUCAGGAGGCCGCGGUAGGGCCUCUCCACGGCAUCCCCGGUACUGACCUGUCGAGCAUCCACCCCACUCAGAUGAGACCGGUCUCCUACCAAGACUUUGACAGUGUGUUUUGCAAAUUCCAGCCCAGCAUAUCACAAAAAGAACUUGACAUGUACACCGAAUGGAAUAAAACGUUUGGUUGUAGUCAAUGAAAGAGACAAAUCAGACAUAAUUUCUUUAAGCCCACUAGUUGAACAAAUAAGUGUUUGGCCUUCAGUGAACAAGAUAACAAACAGUGGUGACAUGAACAUACUAUAAACAGCAAAGGGAUUGUCCUUGAAGGCUUUAGACAGAAGAUGACAGUCCGGACGUCACACAAAGUUAAUUAAAUGCUUUAUAAGGCCGACGUCAUGUGCUCACUAAAACUCAAACAACUUGGAAGAAGAUGCCCCCCCGUUUUUUUGUAUAUACAUAUAUAUAUAAAUAUAUAUAUACAUACUAUUCUGCUGAUCUUGAGAUUUAGUUGCUAUCAAGUGCCUGAGGUGGUGCUGUUUAAGUUGUUUUUGUUCUUUUUGCCUCACAAUCUUCAUUGGUGACAUGUGCUAAUAUAUAUAAAAAAAAAGCUUUAAAAUGAGACUAAAAACUUGCUUUCUCUUUUCCAUUAGUGUUCUACAGCUGUGUUUGUUUCGUGCUCUCUGUGAACAGUUGUGGUUAAUUUGAGCUAAAUUACAUUUAAUGGUAUCAUUUGCAUUACCUUACACAGGUUUUUUAUCUAUGUGUGAAUCCUUUAAUUACAAUAACACUCGCAUACGUACAAUGCCAUUUGUUUUCUGGCAAACUUAAGGUGAAUUUGGUUGCUGUAUCUCUCCACUAUAGAUAAAAUUACAAAAAACAUUAUUUUACAAUGUGACUUCAAUCUAAACAAUAAAUUACUAUGUAAUUGCUGUUAAAAUAUUGUUUCAGUAGUAAUUCACAGUGUUUCGCAUAAAUGUAAGAUUUCUUUUGAUGUUCUCUAUUUGAAAACUCAGGAAAGUGAUGAUGAUAUGUACAGUACCUCAUAAGCUUGUGGCGAAGCACUACACACUACAAGAGCAUUUGGCUUGCAUUUGAAAUCCCAUCAUCAGACCAUGUAAGGCUAUAUAAUACCUCAAAAAGCUCAAAAUGAAACGAGAAGGUUCCUACAAUGAAUGUAUGAGAGUGAUUCUGGUUUAUUUACAAGACAAAAACAAGUCAUUUGUUUGGGGUUCUUUACUUUAGCUCGUGGUGAUGCAGAGCUGAGAGAGAAAUUUGAAAGGUGCAGACAAACAUCUCGGGGUUGAAGAAGACAGACGCCCCCGAGCUAUUUCAUUCCAUCCUGCUGCUGUUUUAUCAUUAAUGAAACCUAAGGAUUAUGUAUAGCCUAAGUUCCUUUCUACCUCAGUUUCUUAGUUAUCUCUGAAAGACAAAUACAUGAAGACAGCAAAAUGUCAGCACCUAUUCUGCUUGUUUGAUGAGAAAACCUUUUGAGAGAACACCAAACAGUGUUUUGUUGUGUGCAAAAUCUAUUAGCUUUACAUUUUGAUAACUCCCGAGAACCACAUAAUGCACUUAAAGGGGAAUACCACUGAAUAUCAGGUUUGGGAUACACUAUACCUUUGCCUUAGGACAAUUUGGUUUGCUGACAUUCACCAUAUUGUUGCCAUUGCUUUGUUUGGCCCCUGAAUCUGUGAUGUCAAAUAGAAAAAUCUAAAUGUGACGUGAUGUUUAGUAGGCAUCCAAUUCAAUUAUUUUAAAACAAAGUUUACAGAAGAAUUGGCCAUAACUGUAACAUUCAUGAAUUGAGUGGCAUUCCCUUUUUAAGCAUGUCAUGAAGGCUCACUGUACACAAAACUGUUCUUUUUACUCUGUGUUGUACUUUUCACAUUUAAACUGUUGUGUUUACAGUGCUAUUUAUCUCUAUACUUGCUGCCAUUUACCGGUACAUUUCCAUGCAAGGUUUUUUUUUUUGGCAAUGAAAGAGCAGGACUGAUAGCUGAAUUGGCAAGUAACAAAAUGUUAUUGAAUGUAUUACGUCCUCAGAGCAGUAAGGAAAGCAAAGCACUCGCACAUUGAAAAAUGCCACUGAUGUAGAUAGCACUGUAGGUGUAGGUGUAGGUGUAUAAUACCGCAGAGGCACUAAAGGACCUUGUGUUUGUUUUUCAAAGGAGGUCCCAUCAUGUUGGUUGCCUAUUGCACAUGUCUUACCUGUUCUUUUUAUUGUUAUUAUUAGACAGUGUGCAGAUUGAUUGAUAGUUUUCUCAGAUUAUAUGGAUGUGGCUUCUUUGAUUUGAACUCUUUUCACUUUUUACACAUGAUGAAUUACCCCAAAGUUACACAGUACCAUCUUUAAAAAACAAAACUUUAAAGAUGGAUUCAUUGUUUUCAUUCAUACUGUGCAAAAGUAGCUUAAUUAAACAUUUUUUUGAGACUUGCUGUUUACAUACACCACAUCCAGCAGUCCAUGUUGAAGCUUCAAACGUGAAAAAUGGGUAGUUACACAAGAAAAUUAGACCAAUAUUAAUGGAAAAUAUAUCUUGAAAAGCCCCUUAAAUAUACUGUGUCAUUUGUUACUACACUUUGAGGUGUUUAUUGGUUGAAAAAUACAUUGAAGCCAAAGUAAAACUGCUUUCUUUUUGAAUGAUUUGCUUGAAGAAGUUGUGAGUUUCAGUGACCUUAACGCCACAGUGUGAGCUGUGGAUUACUGAAAUUGCCGAUUUUAUAGCACUCUCACUGGGCAUUGUUAAGCUAUUAUAUCACAGUAUGUCAAAUAUAUGUGGGUUUUGUAAAACAUGCAUAGUUUUUCCGUUUUAUCCUGUCUGAGUUUAUGAACAGCCAUUCACCUCUGCUGGAGUACAAAUGGAAACAUGGCUAAUUUGUUUAACUUUAAAGAGGACCUGUUGUGCUUUUUCCGCUUUCAUAUAGUGUGUUAUAUCGUUUUUUUGUGCAUGUAAAAGGUCUGCAAAGUUACAAAGUCCAGGCCA